ACUCGUUCCUCGUACUGAACCAUACUAUAUAAGGUAUAGGUCACACUUAACUCGUGCUGAUCUACCAAAUAAUUAGAAAAUCAGUUUAUUCAUAGUUGCAAAGCGAUCAACGCUUUAUAUAAAAUUUAUCUAUUAUCAUUAAUUUGUGCCAUUAUUUUCGUGACUUUUAUUGGAGAAAUUAUUCCCCGUAUUUAUUAUUAAUUCGUAUAAAGUUGUUUAGUAAUUAAUCUAACAUUAGAACGCCACCAUUCGUAUUUAUCAGUGCUAAGAAAAAAUGACGUUCAGUUAUUGCAAAUUAUUGUGUUAUUUAUUGGUUGCUAGUCAAUGUGGAGCGACACCUGUGCGACCCAAACUAGUUAUAGACGAAGAUGGAGGUGCCGAUGACGCAAUGGCCAUUUUUAUGGCACUCAUUUGCGAGAAAUAUUUGAACGGGCCGCAAGUGGUAGGUUUAACCACGGUCUUUGGUAAUGUCAAUGAAAGCCAAGCCUACAUUAAUACUCAAAGGAUCUUAAACAUAGCAGAGAGAAAAGAUGUCCCAAUCUACCGUGGUGCCGCAUCGCCAUUCGUCAGUGGCAUCGAAUCUGACUACUUUUUUGGAAUGGACGGCCUUGGUGACAAUGAAGUAGAGGAUUACGAUAAAAUUCCUGCCAGACCGAUUCACGCAGCGUUGGCUCUUAUCCAUUUUUCACACUUAUAUGGUGACAAACUAAUAGUCGUAGCAAUCGGAUCAUUAACCAAUAUUGGACUGGCAAUGAAACUGGAUCCAGGGUUUAUUUCAAGAAUAGGACAAUUGUAUGUCGGUGCAGGGCAUAUUCACGGUGCGAAAUACAAAGAGCCUGAGUUUAACGCAGCCAUGGAUCCAGAAGCAUACCACAUCGUAGCCAACCACAGUUACCCCAGCCAAGUCACAGUAGUCCCCUUUUCACCUAUAUUAACCCAUGUUCAAAUUGAAAAGAAUUGGCGGAUCAAUGUUCUUGGAAAGAUACCAACAGCUGUUUCAAGUUAUAUGAUAAAAUUCGAACGAAAAUCUAUUGCCGCUGUUAAUUAUUGGGCUAAUUUAGAUCCAGCUGUAAUGGCGGUGGCGCUUCGUGAGAGCUUAGUCGAUGAGUUUAAAUUAUCUUUAAACACUAUUAUUUUAUGUGGUACAGAAAGAGGCGUUACUCCACACGACUUCAUUUCGGAAAACCCAAACGCAAGAGUAGUAGUGCAAAUCAACAAAAUAGAAUAUAUGAUAUUUUUAUAUACAGUAUUCUCCACUCCAGUACAAGAUUUAGGAUUAAGAGAUUGAGAUGAGAGAUUUAUUAAUUUAAUCUGUAAAUAAAAUUGUUAGUAUAUUUUUAAAAAUAUAUGAAAAUCCGAAAUAUAAACCACAACAUACAACGA